CGCCUCGAGGCUGGUGCGUUUCUUGCAUUCCAACCCCAUACCCGCGAUUCCCUCCUCUCCCCUUCAGACAGUCUCAGGCCUCAAAUUCAGAUUUUAAACAUCAUAUCUUGGUCUUCACACCCAGACUUUGUAUCUCGUACACUAUGCCGGCCGGCCGGGGCAACCGUGCUGAGCUUGCCACUCAAUCUUCAAACCCAGACAUCGGAUCUCGCGCAGAUGCCGCCAUCCCCGCCAGUCGGAGUCGUUGCAUGGAACUUGUUGAUAUAGCACUCGACACUGCAACACCCUUUUUCGAGCUGGCGGAGAGCGUACUUGAGCUUGUCCCAGUGCCGGGUCUUCCUUCCAUAGCGAAGAGCCUGGCGAUUAUCGUCGACAGGGUCAAGGAUGCUCGAACAAACGACGAUGUGCUUCGCGCAUUCAAUGAGGAAGUCACAGCUUUGGACGACGUCAUCAAGAAGGUCUUAACGAAGGCGCAGACGGUAAUCAGGGACUACGACGGAGAUGACCUAGAGAAAGACAAUCUGUUGGACGGAAUCAUGCGUUCUGAGGAGCUGCAAGUACGAGCGCAGGAAUUACAGAAUAUAAUCGGCGAGCUUCGGAAGUCUGCAGCGAAUCUCAAAGGCGGGCAUGGCUUCCGUGGCUUUCUCAAAGGCUUCUUUUACGCCUCCCGAAAUGAAGCUAUUCUGUCAGGCAUGAACAGCGGCCUGGAGAGGGCUGUAGCGAUGUUCAAGCUCCGUGGACAAAUUUCUAUCGAGAAGAUGCUCAGCAAUGCUAUGAGCGAAGCGAAGGCUUUUCGCAAAAAAGCCCAAAUAGCAGAGCAGGAGCAGAUCAUCAGCUCUAUUCCCCAUGUCCCGGCUGGGUAUCGCUCAGUAGAUGAUCUCAAGAGCGAGUUCAUGGAGGGCACCCGGACAGAACUCUUCGAAGAACUAGCUCUGUGGGCGAACGGCGGCUUUCCUCAGAAUAAUCCGAAACCAUUCUACCUCCUCUGCGGAGCUGCUGGUCUGGGCAAGUCCUGCAUCGCCCACCAGCUCUGCAUGCGCCUCGGCAGCCCAGAGCAGUCCCGUCUGGGCGCGUCGUUUUUCUUUGUGCGAGGUCGCCAAGAUCUCGAGUCGAUUCGUUCAGUCUUCCCGACCCUCGUACAUCAACUCGCACAAUCCGUGCCCCGACUGAAGCAAAACAUCGCCACCGCGGCGCGAGAGUAUCUCAAGCAAGGUGAUCAGCAGCAGAUGCCGCACGCUUUCGAAGAACUUCUCCUACGACCACUGGUUCGCACUAACGCCAUCGCGCAGGAGCCAGUCAUUCUUGUUCUCGACGGUCUGGAUGAAUGCAAAGAGCGGGAGCAGGUGCCUCAUCUCCUGAAGCUCGUGCUUGAGCUAGUCCGCUCGGUGCCCUGGAUACGCGUCUUCGCUGCGUCACGACCAGAACCGCAUAUUCUCGCAGCGCUAACAUCAGCCGAGGCCCGCGCCCUCGUGUUUCAUCGGAACCUUGAUGAAACCCUUCAUAAAUGGAAAGGCGAUGUCAGGAGCUAUAUUGAAGGCACGCUACUCAAGAUCCCCCAGUAUAGUACUUUCGUCCGCGGCCAUCCCGACAUGCUCGAACGCCUUAUAAAACUCGCGGAUGGCGUUUUCAUCUACGCGCGCAUUGCAGUUAGGUUCCUCGAUACAUAUCGCGAUGAUCCAGAAGAGCAAUUUCAGCUCUUAUUGGCGUCGAAAGGAGCGGGACUCUCGCCUCUGGAUGCUCUUUACCUCCAGGUCUUACGAUCAGCUUUUCCUCCGGAAGACCUUCACACUCUCAAAUCCCAUCACGAACGCUUGCGUUCCCUCUUGAGCUUCAUUGCACUCCGAAAACAACCUAUGACUCCUCAUGCCGUCGCGAAUUUACUCGGACUUAAAACGCUCGAGAACGACGUCAUUACAAUGGUGGACCGCCUACGCUCCAUCGUUUUGAUUAACCCGGAUGGUUGCAUGCUGCCUCUGCACGCCUCACUUGGCGAGUUCCUUCUCGACGACAAACGUUGCAGCGAUCCGCUGUAUCAUGUGGAUCGAUCCAACGGACAUGCCCGUCUCACAUCUGCAUGCUUGACCGUGUUAACCUCGUUCCGGACUUUAUCGGCUUGCUUGGAGGCUAGGCGGUAUCGCUCAGAUGACUGUGUUCUUUACGCGAAGAUGUAUUGGGACGAGCAUCUCAGGGAUGCCAAGUUUAGUAACGGUUUGGCAGACCAAGUACGCACUGCCCUGAUUCAAGCAACACCUGCAUACAUGGGGGUCCACACUGCUAGCGGCACAUUCGAUGGGACCAUUACAGCCGCGACGAGAGUAGCGCGCUUCCUCGAGCCGCACAUGGGUACCUCGGAGGCAAACGAGAUAUGUAUCGAAUACGCAAAGUCUACCGCUUAUAGCAUCCUGUGGUGGAACGACGUACGGCAGUACCCCGGGGUCGAUCCGAUAAUCAAUCCGUGUUAUUAUUCCUUCGGAGCGCUAGAUCUCGACAUCGGGAGCGACGACAUGGCGCGAUACAAUGCUGCGCAUAAACGAUUCGCGAGAGAGAUCGAGGAUGCAAGACUGACGAAAUUAUGGUACAGGAUACAGUAACUUCAAACAAUCGGUAAAUUACAAGUCGAACAUCUGGCUUCCGUACACAAACUAAGUUAUGGUGGACGCGGCGCGGGUCCGCUGUGUCCACGUGAUCGCAUGUUAGAUAGUCGCGACUUGUCGCCCCGCCAUUAUGCAUAAGAAUGUCGACGGUCAUUUCGUGCUUCGGCGGCUCAUCAUGAUGUGCUCACUUGUGGCACUGUUGUAUAUAGCGGGAUGUACAGGCAUAAUUCAGUCGCGGCGCAGAGUACCAGAAGAAGUAUAAAUAUGCCAGCCAUAACGUAUAUCCUCGGCACGCUUGUAGUUCUGACUAUGUUAUAUUCCAGUGGCCGGGAGAAAGGCGGGCACCAGAAGCAUCGUCGGAAGAAUUUGGCCGAGACAUGUCAUUCCUAGUUUGAAGCCUCUGCGUCGGGGCCGCUUGGUAUUGCAGAGGUGCCGG